AUGGUUCGACUAACAAUGGACCUAAUUGCUAAAAAUGCCAGUCACAAGAAUCGUUCUGAAGAGGAUUUUGGACAAUAUCUGCAAAAAUUAACUCAUCUGAAUUUGUCAGAUAAAAAUAUAGAUUCAAUUGGUGACCUCUCUUUCUGUAAAAAUCUGAGAGUUCUGUAUUUAUAUGAUAACCAAAUCAACCAAAUCCAGAACUUGAACUUUGCUUCAAACAUAACGCACCUUUACCUUCAGAACAAUCGUAUUUCAAGUAUAGAAAAUCUCUCAUCGCUGAAAAAACUUGAAAAAUUGUAUUUAGGAGGCAACUAUAUCACUGUAGUAGAGGGUUUAGAUAAAGUAGGAGAGCUGAGGGAGCUACAUAUUGAAAGUCAACAUCUCCCUGUUGGUGAAAAGCUCCUGUUUGAUCCAGUAUCUCUUAACUCCCUGGCAAAAUCUUUGUCUGUAUUGAAUAUCAGCAAUAACAACAUUGAUGAAUUAGAAGAACUGGCAGUUUUGGAAAAUCUUUCUUAUCUUAAAGCAGUCGACAACCGACUUAAACAUAUGAAGGAUUUGGAGGUUGUAUUAAAAAAAUGGACAAAGCUACGCAGAAUAGAUCUUACAGGAAACCCCAUCUGCCAAAAACCAAAGUACAAGGAUAGGAUUAUAGUACAGUCACUGACUUUAGAAUCCCUGGAUGGGAAAGAAAUUCAAGAAAUGGAAAGACGUUUCUUAAUUAAUUGGAAAGCCUCUAGAGCUGCUAGGAAAAAUAGCAAUGAAAGAAUGACUGAUGAACAUGCAGCCCAUGUAGAAUUUUCUGACUUAGAAGCAGCUUUAGUCACAGUUCCUUUUCGCCCCACUCACUCUGUGAAAGAAAACACAGAUUUUUUAGAUUUGGCUCACAAGCAGAAAGUUGAAAGAAAACCUCUGCCAAGAAUCCGUGAAAGAAGAAGUCAGAUGUAAACUCAGGUGUGUUUCUCAAACAACUUCCUUUUAAUUAAGUUGAACCGACAGUAUUCCUUGCCAUCCAGCCCGGCGGAGGCGGCUCCUCAGGGCUAUGGAUGUCAGCCAGAGGGCAGAAAUCGUGGCGGGGUCUCGGCGGGGCCGGGCGGGGCCGGGUCCCGCCCGCGGGCAGCCCCGGCCCGUUCCCUCCGGAGCGGCGCUGGUGGAACUGUCGGGCCGGAGGGUUUGGCUGGGACGCGCUCUUGGCUGCGGCGGGCGCUGUGCGGGCGCUGCCGGGCCGGGGCUGAAGCGUUACUGAUUUUUAAUCGCUCCCCGUUCCCGGUUAAAUCCCCUCUCUGCCCGGGCUCGCCUUAUCCCGUUCGUGUUUCCAUCCCGUGUGGGCCGCUCCCCCGGAGCGGUGCCGGGGCAGCCACGACCCGCUCCCCCCGCGGCUGCGGGACGGAGCCUCGCCCGGGGGAACCCGCUCCGCCCGGGAACAUCCGCGAGCCGGAGAUGCGGCGGCGGAGCGAAGAGAAAGGGCUUGCUUUUAACAGGGCAUCGCCUGAGCUCCCAGCCCAGCGAUUAAAUUUCUCUCCUCCAGCAAAACCGUUACUUUAUCCCAAGAAAAACAGCGCGAGCGGGGCGAGCGGCGGCGCGGGGCGGCGGGACCCGCACGGACCCGGGGCCGGGCGCGGGGGAGGGCGGGGGUCGAGGGGAGCGUGA